AUGAAAGAAAAGUGUUUGGUCAAGGAGCAAGGCAGAAAGCUAUUUGAAAAGAUUUGGUUAGAGUGUACAUCCUUAAGCGAUGGUGAGUUUCUGGAGCUAAUCAGGCGUAAAGAGAUACUUCACUAUGCUGCAAGAGAGGGGAAUGUUGAGUUUCUAUAUAUUAUUCUUAAUAGCAACCCAGACCUCUUGUGGGAGCUGAAUAAAAAAGGACAGACCAUUCUCCAUGUUGCUGUGUUAUAUCGACAGAAGAAAGUCGUCCAUCUUAUAUGCAACAUGCAAGGUUACAAAGAUUUCAUCAUUCUCCUCGAAGAUGAUGACCGCAACAACGUUUUGCAUUUGGCAGCCACUCUGGGAUUGCCAAACCGCACCACCCCUUCUCAAGAUCAAGAUCACGAUCACUCAUUAUUGCUUCAGCAACUACUUAUUAUGUUGGGCAAACGGGAGGAAGAGAAGAUUAUGCCACAAUCACUUCUGCAACUAUCCACAGCUGCCCUUCAAUUUGAAAGAGAGAUCUCAUGGUUUAAUGAGGUUGAGAAGAUUGUGCCAUCAUCACUUCACAACAUGAGAAAUAACGAUGACAAAACCGCAAAGCAAUUGUUUUCGAAAGAGCACAUGGUGUUAAAGAUAGAGGGUGAAAAGUCCAUUAGAGACACUGCAAACUCAUGCAUGCUGGUGGCGACGCUAAUCGCCACAGUUGCAUUUGCCGCCGCCUUCACCUUACCGGGCGGCAACGAAGACGGCACAGGAACUCCGAUAUUCAUAGCACAAACAACUUUUAGCAUUUUCACAAUAUCGGAUGUGGUGGCGAUGAUCAGCUCGAUGCUGUCAAUUGUAACAUUCUUGUCCAUCCUGAUUUUGCGUUACACAGAAGAUAACUUUCGUGUGGCACUGCGUAGAUUGUUGUUUGGACUGGCGGCACUGUGUGUUUCGAUAGGUGGGAUGCUGGUUGCUUUCACGGCCGCCUUCUUUCUGGUGUAUGGGAAGGCAUGGCAGACAAGUCUGAUCGCUGCGUUUGCGGGUGUACCGGUUGCGUUGUUUUUGUUGCUAAAUUCAAAGCUUUGGUUUGACACUAUUGCGUCGGUGUUGCGUUACUAG